AUGCAGCCAGAAGAAAAAUAUCUUCAUUAUGAUGCUUUGAGCAUAAGCAGAUAUGUACAAUGCUUUCGAAAAACUAUAACGAUUAACAUUUUCUCCUCUAGCGCUUGUUAUGGGCAAAGCAUAACAUCCAAAAGACUUUUAUCAAAACGAAAGAAUUGGAAUAUAGAUGAGCUUUGUGUUGCACAAUUACAGCUCAUUGCAUUGUGA